AUGUCACCCACACUGAGCGUGAAGGAUCUCGCAAGUGCGGCUGGAACCUUUGCAUGCGUCUCUUAUGUAUGGGGCGAUCCCAACAAGACGGUAUCGAUCGAAGUAGACAACCAAGAAGUACAGAUUACGAAGAACCUCUUCGACUUCCUCUGUCACAUCAGAGACCCAAACGAGACUCUCACACUCUGGGCGGAUGCCAUAUGCAUAAACCAAGCCGACCUGAACGAGAAAUCGCAACAGGUGGCCAUGAUGGGGGACAUCUAUUCCAGAUGUUCCGUCGUGCACAUUUGGCUUGGUACAAUAUCAGAUUCUUUACCACCAGGAACAGCCCCUUUCGCCUGGAUCGAGCAUAUGGCAGAAGGAAAGCACUGGCACACUCUUCCCGGCAUUCUCGAUGAGCAAGAUGGAAAGCCUAGCGAAGAGUUCACCAACGACCGAAUCGCCUUCGAUCUCAUGAUAAGCAGCCCAUGGUGGCAGCGAUCUUGGACCGUCCAAGAAGUCAUCCUACCCAAAUCCACCAUCCUCUGGUACGGGACCUACCAUACGACCUGGAACAGCUUCGCACAAGCGAUCCGAAACCAAGACACGCGAGUCAGUUACUGCUGCCUACCUGAGACUCUAGAAACAAAGAAACAUUGGCUUAAGAUCAAAGUCAUUGAUGCUUUCAUGUACGAGCAUGAGACGAUCAAUUGGUUCCGAGAGUAUUACCACGGCAGCAUUGCCACUAUACCUGGUCAUACAUCCACUAUCGACGGAGUGAUGCCAUUCAAAGAAACGCUACUCUCCUUCUCGAAGCGACAGUGUCAUGACCCCCGCGACAAAGUCUUUUCCUUCCUAGCGCUAGCACCACCGCGGAUGUUCGACAACUACAAACCGGACUACACGGAACCCUUAGCGGAGACCUGGACGGAUGUAUACCGACUGAUGCUAGAUCACACUGCUGAUGUUUCAGCUGUUCUGCAAGGCAAUGGGUUUGGGCCGAAUGGCAACGGCAGACCAUCUUGGGUUCGCGAUCUUGCUAGUAUGCCCACCGACCCCAUGUAUGAGCGCCACAGGCUUAGCCUUGCCGGAAUGUACCAAUGCAGUGGAGAAUCAGUGGGCACAUUCAUCUCAACCGACAACGGUGAGCUGCAUGUCAAAGCACGGGAAGCAGAUGUCAUUCGUCAUGUGAGCACACCACACACUCUUAAAUCUGGUCCGAGGGCGAUGAUGGCCAACAUGAGACAUUGGCACCAACUGGCCAUGCAAGUGCUAUCCUGCACCAACGAAGCGAUCAUCCGAAAGCCUUUCCAACGCACACUAUGCGCAACGCUGCACUCGAUGAAAGAAGGUUCCUCAUGGCGCCGCAGUACAGAUGAGGAUCUGCCUAGUCUCCAAGACUGGCAAGAGUUUCUGGAUUCGGAGCCUGACGUCUUUCCGUUUCACUCAACGUAUCUGUCGCCGGUUAUAGUGGCCGCGGAGGAUCGCUGCUUUUACAUCACGGACAAGGGGAACAUGGGAUUGGCUUAUCCUGGUGUAAGGCCUGGGGAUGAGGUUUGCGCUUUGAUGGGGAUGCGAGUGCCGGUUGUAUUGCGGAAGGCAGAGGGAGAGCACGAUGAUAGGAAUGCUUAUCAUUUCAUCGGAGACUGCUUUCUACUCGAUCACAUGGAUGGGGAGAUCAUGCGGAAUGAGGAGGAGAUUAGGGAGGUUGUUCUUGUCUGA